AUGGUGUGGUCAAACCAGACCAUGACAACCGAGUUUGUCCUACUGGGCCUCUCUGAAACCAGGGAAUUCCAACUCAUCUUAUUUGUCUUCUUCCUCUUCCUCUACAUUGGUACUCUCUUCAGCAACACUCUCAUCAUCUUUGCGAUUUUCAGGGAUCACCGUCUUUCAGACUCACCCAUGUUCUUUCUGCUGGCUCAUUUGGCUUUCCUGGACCUCUGCCUGUGCUCCUUUGCCACUCCAAGAUCUCUCUUUGAUUACCUUGCCCAGCACCAUGUCAUCUCCUUCCAUGGCUGCAUGACACAAAUCUUCUGCCUCCACUUCUUUGGAGGCAUUGAGAUGCUCCUGCUGAUUGUUAUGGCCUAUGACCGGUAUGUGGCCAUCUCCCAUCCUCUCCGCUAUGCCUCACUCAUGAACCGACGCCAUUGCAUGGCACUUCUCCUUGCCUCCUGGGCUGGUGGGCUCCUCCAUGCUACUGUGCAAUUGGCUUUCAUCAUUAAUGUGCCUUUUUGUGGACCCAAUCAGGUGGACAGCUUCUAUUGUGACCUCCCCUUGGUCAUCAAGUUGGCCUGCACUGACACCUACCCCCUGGAGGUCAUGAUGGUCACCAACAGUGGCAUUUUGUCACUGGUGUGUUUCAUUGGCUUGCUUCUCUCGUAUGGAUUCAUUCUCUACACAGUCUGCUCCCGGGGUCCCUCUGAAGGGACCACCAAGGCUGCCUCCACUUGCACCUCUCACCUCAUCGUGGUCACCAUGUACUUUGGACCUAUUAUGUUUAUUUACUUGCGUCCGUACACCCGGUUCAUGAUUGAUAAGGUACUCUCUGUCUUCUACACUUCCAUCACCCCCUUGCUGAACCCAGCUAUCUAUGCUUUGAAGAACAAGGAGAUGAAGGCUGCAUUGGGAAGUCUUUUGUCAAGGCUUUCUGGGCAGGUUUCCACUCAAGGCCAGGCCCGCCGUUAG